UCCGUUUUCUUGUCAGGCCAGUUUCCGGGCCCGCCAUGAUGUUCAGAAGACAACGAGGAGCAACGGAAAGACCGUCGAAAUGGAUUUUAUGGAUUUAAACACCGACAAUUAUAGUUUGGAAGGAGAUAAUUACCGUCGUUUUGGAAAAGAGCUUAAGCUAACUGGUUAUUAAAGUGGUUAAUUCCAGUGGCCAUUUGCUAACCAGUUAGCUCGCUACCCAAGUACUGUAAGCUAACGUUAGCUGCGGCUAUUGUUUUUGUUUUGAGUGGUAGGUACACAGACCCAAGGCCGCAGAUUUCCUUGUUUCAUAAUUUCAUCGUAGGUCAUACAAGGAUGAACAUCCUUGCUGUGUGGACUGCAACUCCGAAAAGGAUCGUUUGAGGACUUAUUUUUGGACGUUUUGAUUUCAGUUUCCGGACCCGAUAGAAGAUUUUGGACUGCGCCGUUUACGGGCGGAAGAGCGAAGCUUGCGGCCUCGCAUGGACUCCUAACCGCGAACUCGGGUGCCUCGCAGGCUCUCUGUGCCUCGCUGCUUUCAGCAGCUACAAGGCCCGGUUUUCGCGAGAGACUCCACCGACUGUAUUAACCGUGAAAACCGUAAUGGACACCUUCUGGAACUGUACUUUUCUUGUGGUUUUACCGGACUCUUAACGAACUGACCGGGUUAUAGACGCUUUUGUCCCAGCCUUUCACUACUAGUAGCUUGGGUGUCUUUGUGACGUAUACAGCUACAAGGACUAUCUGUGAAUACUUCCUCGUAGUUCAUUGACUGUUUUCCCUUCGAUAUUAUCAACUUGUGAAAUAGAUGGUUGACUCUGACCGUCAGAUCUUAGACUAAAACUGAUAGCUUUCCCUUCAGUCUCAAGAGUAUAUCUAGUACUGGUUAUUGUUAUUCUUAACUAACUUGUUUGUUUCCCCCCCCUGUCUUGAGUUUGAUUUAAGUGAUAGUUGUGAGAAUGUCGUGUGUUCAUUAUAAGUUCUCGUCCAAACUGGACUACAACACCGUGACCUUCGACGGGCUGCACAUCACCCUGGCCGAGCUCAAACGGCAGAUCAUGGGCAGAGAGCGCCUCAAAGCCACCGACUGUGACCUACAGAUCACCAACGCACAGACCCGUGAAGAGUACACUGAUGAGGAGGUCCACAUCCCCAAACACUCAUCAGUGAUCGUCAGACGCACCCCCAUCGGAGGGGUCAAACCCGCGGGCAGAACGUUCAUUGUUGACCGUUCUGACAUGGCUGCCGGAUCCUCCAGACCCACCGACUCUUCACCGUCCGUGUCUCUGGCCCAGCUCUCUAAGACUGCCAACCUAGCGGAGGCCAACGCAUCAGAGGAUGACAAGAUCAGAGCCAUGAUGUCACAGUCCAACAGCGAAUACGACCCCAUACAUUACUCUAAGAAGGCCAUCGGACCCCCUCCUGCACAUUACACCUGCUAUCGCUGUGGCAAGAACGGACACUACAUCAAACACUGCCCCUUGCAGCUGGAUAAGAGUGUGGAGGCUCCUAAGCCAGUCAGGACCAGUAAGGGGAUCCCUCAGAGCUUUAUGGUGAAGGCUGAACCAGGAACUAAAGGAGCCAUGUUGACCAGCACUGGAGAAUACGCUAUCCCUGCUAUAGACGCGGAGGCCUAUGCUCUGGGGAAGAAAGAGCGCCCCCCCUUUGUUCCACGUGAAGCGUCAUCGUCUGAAGAUGAGGCUGAUCCAAUCCCUGAUGAGCUGCUCUGCCCCAUCUGUAAUGACCUGAUGAAUGAUGCUGUGGUCAUACCUUGCUGUGGGAACUCCUACUGCGACGACUGUAUCAGGACCAAUCUGCUGGACUCAGAGGAACACACCUGUUUUACCUGCAAACAGUCUGACGUCUCACCUGACGCUCUCAUCGCUAACAAGUUCCUACGACAGGCAGUGAAUAACUUUAAGAAUGAGUCUGGUUACACCAAACAGCCACGAAACAAAACCCUGCACCAGUCUGCCCCACCCCCAGCACGGCCUCAGCCAUUCAGAACCCUCGGCUCGAGACAGCAGGACCCGCUAUUGGCCAACGCUCGCCAGCAGGACCCGCUUUUGGCCAACGCUCGCCAGCAGGACCCGCUAUUGGCCAACGCUCGCCAGCAGGACCCGCUAUUGGCCAACGUUCGCCAGCAGGACCCGCUAUUGGCCAACGCUCGCCAGCAGGACCCGCUAUUGGUUAACACCUCUCGACCCCCAGUCUCCCUCACCCCUCCUUCUGUCACCCUGACACAAGCCCCGCCCAUUCAGACCCCACCGAUUGGACCACCUGAGGUGUCAAUCACUCCUGACCCCGCCCCUGAACCACACCGGGCGGAGCCACAGCACUUGGCCAAACAGAACGAGCCACCGCCGCCGGGUGAGAUGGAAGCGGGGCCUUACAUGAUGUCCGAGCCACCAAUCAGAUCAGCCGACAGCGGACCUCAGGGCUACCACAUGCCUCUGAUUGGUCACCCUCCGCCCCUAAGGCCCUCCCACCCAUCAGGUCCACCUCCGCAGCCCUCCCAUUCCCACAGAGGAGGACCCAGACCACCCUGGGACAGACCCUACAGACCUCUUUCUGACCACGUUCCCCCCCCUCGCCACCCCCCUCCUUCCGCCCCGGGCCCAGGCCCUCCCCUCUACCCCGGCCCUAACCUCUACCACCCACCACCCCACUCCGUCCCGCCCCAAUGCCUCCGGGGGUUAAUGCCCCCUGGGUGCCCCCCCAACACCCAGCCUCACUCGCUGGGCCCCCCGCCCCUCCUACCCCCCGGACCACCCCUCUCCAAGGAGGACUUCUACAGACAGAGGAGACUCAGACAGGACCAGGUAACGUCCAAGCUGGAUGAGUUCACUAAAGACUUUGCCAAAGAGCUGAUGGAAUACAGACCUGCCCCCAAGAGACUGAGACGAUCCUACUCCAGGUCUCGUUCCUACAGCCGUUCUCCGUUCAGUCGUUCCCCCUACUCCCGAUCCCGUUCUCCCCGCUCUCGCUCCAGGUCUUACUCCUACACCACCAGCCGCUCCCGCUCUCGCUCCAGGUCUUACGGACGCUCCCCCUUCUCCAGACGCAACGGAGGCCGGGGAGGACGCAGCCGCUCCUACGGCCGCUCGCCGCGCUCCCGCUCACGCUCCCGUUCCUACGGCUACCGCCGCUCCGGCUCUCCACGCUCCCCUCCGCCUUACCGAGGUGGUGGUGGUGGGGGCUGGGAGGGAGGAGACGGAGCUGAAGGAGGAGGGGGGUAUCGGCCCCGGUCUCGCUCCCCGGGGGGCUACAGGAGGAGCAGGAGUCCAGGAGGGGUCAGAGGUCACCAUAAGCCCCCCCCUCGGGAGCCCCCCCCCUACGACCCUAAAGGCGAUCCUGACCUGUCUCCUGGGGGCAGGGAGCGCUGGGAGAGAGACAGCUACAGACAGUGGGAGAGGGAGUACAGAGACUGGUACAACAAGUACUACAAAGACUACAGUACCCAGCAUGCCUCAGCGCACCACCGUGGUGGCCGGGGCAGCAGAGAGAGGGACCGCCUCACCCCUCCACCCAGAGACUACUCCCCCCAGGGGCGGGUGAGGAGGGGUGAGAGAGGGGGGCCUCCAGGACCCCACAGGACUCACUACGCCCCCCCCUCUCUACCCUCCGCCUCCGUCAGGGGGGAUGGAAACAAGGAGCGCACAAAGGGAGGCGCUAGUAAAGAGCGCACGCUGGGGGGGGGAACCAAAACGUCAGAGGGCGGAAAUAAAACUCUGAAAGCGAAGAAACUGAAGAAGAAGAAGAACGGGGAGGAGCUGGAUUCAGCCAACCAAUCACUGGACAGGGGCGACGCCACACCCGUCAGGGACGAGCCAAUGGAUGACCUCCACACCCUGACCCCUAGCAAAGCCCCACCCACCUCCACUAAGGUCUCGACCAACAAGGCAGCGCUGCUGUCUGGUAAAACCCCUCCCACCUCGUCCAGCAAGGGCCAACCAGAGAAGAGCAGGAAGGAGAAGGGGGGGAAGGGGAAAGUGAAGACGGAGGGGAAGGUUAAGAGAAAGACAGGAGGAGAGGCGACGAUCACAGCCUCUAAGAACAAAGAGUCUUCAGCCACUAAACCAACCAAAGCAUCUAAGGUCAAACCAGACGAGCCAAUCAAGAGAGAGAAGGGGCGGAGCACCACCACUGUUAGAGGAGGUGUGGCUAAACUGCCCCCGCCCCGCACCCUCCCCCCUCACCCCCACGACCUCCCUAAACACCUGGGCGACGCCCGAGGGGGGAGGAGAGAUCCCAUUCAGAGUGUCGGGGUACGACCCCCUGGUCGCCCCCUCCAGCCUGCACCCCCCUCCCCAGCAGAGAAGAGGAGGAGAGUGGAGGAGAGGGAGAGGGAGAGGGGGAUGGACAGGGGGAUGGGGGGCCCCCCAGCUAAGCUCCGACGUGCCGAGGGUCUGUACCCCCAGAGAGGACUUCCAGCCAAGCCUCCCCUCCUCCUGAACCUGGCAUGCAGAGAGACGGGUAGAGGAGAGGGCCUGCUCCCCAUCCCUGGUACCUCACAGACAGGGAGGCUGGACCGUUUCCAUCCUAUCUCCAUCUCCAUCCCCGGGCCUGGCUCCUCCAUGGACCCAGGGAGAGAGGGGAGAGGCGACGGGCUGCUGCCCACACCGGGGAGCUCUGAGGCAGGCAGAAGAGAGAGCGACAGGGGGUCUAUCUGGCCUCUCAUGGGUCUGCAGGUGAAACCCUUCCCCCAGAGGAGAAUCAAACUGAACAGAGACCUGGGGAGGAGCAGUAGUACGGUCCGGACGGAGGAGAGACCUGCUACUAAUCUCACCACUACUACCACUGGUACUACUGGAGAGAGACCUGCUAGUCCUGAGAGAGGAGGAGGAGGAGGAGGGACGGAGAGAGUGGAGCGGAGGUCAUCUGGCGAGAGGUCAGAGGUCAGGUCUGUUAGGUCAGAGAGGCCGUCGUCAGGGGAACGUUUGCCGGAGAGAGGAGGAGGAGGAGGAGGAAGGUCAGUCUCUCUGGACCGCAUGACCAUCGCGGAGCGCUCGGCCAUCGCUAAGAAACCUGACGUCGCCAGGGAGAGGACACCGCCCACCGAGAGAGAGAGACCGGCUGAGAGCUCCAAGGAGAGAGAGAGACCAGCAUCAGCCAAGACAGAGAAGUCCUCAUCAUCCAGGGAACAGAAAGGAGAGAAGACCACGUCCUCGUCCUCCGUAGACAGACCUGCCUCUACAGGAGAGAGAGCGCCAGGGACCCAGAGAGAGACCGGAGCUGAAGACAGGGCAGCAGCGGCGGUGGUGAAGGAGGGUUCUGGUUCUGGGAAGAUCAGAAAGAUCAGUAGAAAGAUACUGGCUGACGCUGGUUCUGAGCCCACGGUCCACCACUCAUCAGACCACUCUAUCACUUCAACUGGAUCUGUGUGUUCCAUUAGCAGCAGGGCUGUAGAGGAGAGGUCUGAGCCGGGCCAGAGCCAGGGUGCUGUGUCUGUACCCCGGGACCUCCAGACCCAGAGGAGACCCAGUCCCGUCCAGUUCCCCAGCCCAGGCAGGGAGAGGGAGCGUGGGACCGGAGGCGUCCUCAUCCAGCCUCCACCCCGGUCCAAGUGGGAGAGAGAGGAGGAGGAGGAAGAGGAGGAGCAGCAGCGCUCUGGGUCCAGGGAGAACGGGGCGUUGGCGGUUUCCUCCUCCGGGCCCAGAGACGCUCUGAGGGAAGCCUCACCAGUGCCACCUAGAGGCCAAGGCAGGGAGGUGCAGGGUAGUAGCUCGAAAACAGCCAAUCCAGAGGGGAAGAGAGCGAAGGAGGAGGGGAAGAGAGGGAAGGAGGAGGGGAAGAGAGGGAAGGAGGAGGGGAAGAGGAGGAGGGAGGAAGCCAGAGGGCUCAAAGAGGGGCAGGUGAACUUUAGUAAACCAGCUAAGACUGACUCCAGAGGGGUGAAGGAGGAGGGAAGAGGAAGGGGAGGGAGGGACGAGAGUCGAGGGGCGGGGCCAGAGCCAAGGCGCCAGCGUCUGUGUUCUGACCUCGGCAGAGAGACGGACGAGGCGGCCUUCGUCCCCGACUACAGCGAAGGGGAGGGGUCAGACGGAGAGAGGGGCAGUGGCCUGAGCCGUAGCCCCUCCCACAACACCCAGAGCCCCGCCUCCCAGAGCCCCGGCGGCUCCCCUAGCAACCACAGCGGCUCCACGGCAACGGAGAAGAAGAAGAAGAAACACAAGAAACACAAAAAACACAAGAAGCACAAGAAGCAUUCUGCCGACGCUGAGCCUCCCGCCACAGGAAGGAAGGAGCACAAACACAAGAACAAGAAGAAGAAACACAGGAAGAAUAAAGAGAAGGAGGGAGGAGAAGGGGGAGGAGGAGGGGGAGGAGGGGGAGAGGCAGGGGAGAAGACUGAGCAGGAGUCUGCCACCAUCUGAGACCCUGCUAGCUCAGGAUAGCUAAUGGUUAGUUUUCAACCUGAGUUUUCUAGUUCACGCUAGCUCCGUUAGCAUCUAGCUAAAGGCUACAACUGAGACUGCUAGUUCACGCUAGCUCCGUUAGCAUCUAGCUAACGGCUACAACUGAGACUGCUAGGUCACGCUAGCUCCGUUAGCAUUUAGCUAACGGCUACAACUGAGACUGCUAAGUCACGCUAGCUCCGUUAGCAUCUAGCUGUUGCUUACAACCUUGAGUUUGCUAGCUUAUGCUAGCUCUUUUAGCAUUUAGCUAAAAGUUACAACUGGACUUGUCCUUCUUGGGGGGGAUACUUUAUGUCACAUUCUUUUUAAAUACUUAAGCUGAGCUGGAUAUAGUUGAUGUAUAAUGGAAUCACUGGAAUAAGUGGAGCUCAUCUCAGAUAUUUGUAAAGUAUUUGACGUAUUUGUGACCCCCAAGGUGAGAACUGUAAAAUAAAGAUUCUCCUCUGUUUUCUGUUUAAUGUGAUGCAAUUUUUUUUCCUGUGUCUAUGAUGCAGGUUCUCUGUGAAUGUGUUUUUUUUUUUGUACAGAGAUGACACUGCAGUAUUUUCUAUUACCCCUUUUGAUCAAUGGGCUAUAAAAGGUGUCUGAAACUCUCCAAAUGGCACCCUGUUCCCUAUAUAGUGCACAACUUCUGACCAGAGCCUUGAGUCAUAAGGGACCCUAGUCUUAUAGGGCCUCGGCUCAUAGGACUCUGGUCAAACGUAGUGCACUGUAUAUAGGGAACAGGGUGCCGUUUAGGACAGUUCCCUGAUGAAUAAGGAGGUUAAUCUCAUCAUGUUCAUAUGAACUGAUCUGAGGUCAGGCUAACUGAAUAGUUGAAUAGGAGGUUAAUCUCAUCAUGUUCAUAUGAACUGAUCUGAGGUCAGGCUAACUGAAUAGUGACUACUGGAAGUUACUGUUAAACUUUGUUUUAAAUUAAAAUGUUUUUUCCCCCUUAAA